UGUUAUCAUGUAAUAUACAUAUAUAUCCAACAAAGUGGUGGAGAUCAAAUCAUAUAUAUCAGAAAUUUGUUGAAUUGUUGUGCCUCUUAUAGUCUUAUAGUAUUAUAUUAUAAUUACUUGGUUAAUAAUAUAUAUUUUGGUGGCAUGGAGCAAUUUGGGACAAUUCAACAGUCUGUUGUUCUAAUGGGGUGUGCUUAUUUUUCAUGGAAGAUCGUAAGAGACAUUUGGGGAGUCAUGAAAGCAUUAGAGAAGGAGCCUGUGACUGUGCUUGUUACCGGUGCUGCAGGGCAAAUUGGGUAUGCUCUUGUUCCUAUGAUUGCUAGGGGAGUCAUGUUAGGGCCCGAUCAACCAGUCAUUAUACAUUUGCUUGAUGUUUAUAUUGAAGCCUUAGAUGCAAUCAAAAUGGAAUUGAUUGAUUCAGCUUUUCCUCUCCUCAAAGGUGUGGUGGCAACAAUAGAUGCAAAUGAGGCAUGCAAGGGGGUUAAUAUUGCGAUAAUGGCUGGCGGGUUUCCACGAAAAGAAGGGAUGGAAAGGAAUGAACUUAUGUCAAAAAAUGUGCCCAUUUUUAAGUCUCACGGCUUAGCCUUGGGGAAACAUGCCGCUUCUAAUUGUAAGGUCUUGGUAAUUGCUAACCCUGCAAACACCAAUGCUCUCAUUUUGAAAAACUUUGCACCUCAAAUUGCUGCAAAAAACAUCACCUGCCUGACCAGGCUUGAUCACAACAGAGCCUUGGCCAACAUUGCAGAGAAACUAAAUGUUUACACAGAUGAUGUAAAGAAUGUAAUCAUAUGGGGAAACCAUUCUUCAACUCAAUACCCUGAUGCCAAUCACGCCAUUGUAAAAACACCAAGAGGGGAGAAGAUCGUCAAAGAAAUUGUAGCAAAUGAUCAAUGGCUUAACACAGAGUUCAUAAAGAUGGUACGACAUCGUGGAGAAGCGAUUAUUAAAGCUCGAAAGGCGUCUAGUGCACUAUCUGCUGCAAGCGCAGCAUGCGACCAUAUACACGAUUGGGUUCUCGGCACCCCAAAGGAUACAUGUGUUUCAAUGGGAGUAUAUUCUGAUGGUUCUUAUGACUUGUCGUUGGAUUUAAUAUAUUCUUUUCCGGUUACUUGCAAGAACGGAGAAUGGUCAAUUGUGAAAGGUCUCAAGAUCAGUGAAUUUUCAAGGACAAAGAUGCGUGCAAGUGCAGAUGAGUUGAUUGAAGAAAAAAAAUUGGCGUCUACUUUUUACUCUUAGAAUUGUGCUAAUUAACAAGGAAAUUAUUUGUGACUUGUAUUUGUGGUGUAAAUAUGUGUUCCUAUGUUUUUCUUAUGAUACUUUGCACAUAGUGUAAUAUAAAAGUUGCACAACAUUUAAUAAAAUAAAAAUAAACUCACAAACUUUAAAUACUCUUAA